AUGCUUGUUGAACUGGACGGCGAUCGCGUUGUCCUGGCCAACUCCGAGGGCCAGAUAUACGCCCUUGCGGAACUAUGCACUCACGCAGAGUGCCCCCUCUCCGAGGGCGAGUUGGACGGCGAGGAGUUGGUGUGCCCGUGCCCCGGGAGUCGCUUCAACGUGAAGACCGGCGAGGUGAUCAGUCUGCCCGCCAACGAGCCCCUUGCAACAUACAACGUCAGCAUUGACGGCUCCGACGUCCUGAUUGCGCCGGCCGGCUAG